GGCUGCUGGCGGGUCCCGCCCCCGCGGUGGAUUGUUUGGAGUGGCCAGACCGCCAGGGACACAGGAUGGCAACGCGAUCAGCAGGAGUAUCUAACGGGACAUGCGGACGGACUUAAAUCUAUUACAUUUCUGACUGCCGGUAGCCUACCGGUUAAGAGUGUUGGGCCAGUAAUCAAAAAGGUCGCUGGUUUGAAUCCCAGAUCCGGCAAGGUGGAAAAAUCUGCCUCUGCCCUCCAGCAACACUCAACAACAACUGCUCUCGGGGUGCUGUGGACAUUGAUUAAGGCAGCCCCCCCCCCACCUCUGAUUCAGAGGGGUUGGGUUAAAUGCAGAAGACACAUUUCAGUUGAAUGCAUUGUUGUGCAACUGACUAGGCAAUGCUUGGCGGGGGGUAUUGGACCGAUGCCAGCUGAGGACCCUACCCAUAGCCUUUGUGAGGUGUCACCAUGCCUCUGGUGAAGAGGAACAUUGACCCGCGCCACCUGUGCCGGGGGGCGUUACCAGCCGGCGUCGGCAGUGAGCUGGACUGUGUGAUGAACAACACCCUCUCCUCCAUCAUCCGCCAGCUCAGCAGCCUGAGUAAACAUGCGGAGGACAUCUUUGGGGAGCUGUUCAACGAGGCCAACACGUUCUACCUGAGAGCCAACUCCCUGCAGGACCGCAUCGACCGUCUGGCUGUCAAGGUCACCCAGCUGGACUCCACUGUGGAGGAAGUCUCUCUGCAGGACAUUAACAUGAAGAAGGCAUUUAAGAGUAGUACCGCCCAGGACCAGCAGGUGGUGUCCACGAGGAGCGUGCCCAUCCCUGUCAAGGAGAUGUACAACCUGAGUGAUAAACCUCCACCGCUCAACAUCCUCUCCAAAUAUAGGGAUGACCACAAGGAGGGGCUGAAGUUCUACACUGACCCCUCCUACUUCUUCAACCUAUGGAGAGAAACAAUGCUGCAGGACACAGAGGACAAGAGGAAGGAGAAGAGGAAGAACAAAGAGCAGAAGCGUUGUGUGGAUGGGACGUUGCAGAGGGAGGUGAAGAAGGUGCGUAAGGCUCGGAACCGUCGCCAGGAGUGGAAUAUGUUGGCCCUGGAUAAGGAGCUGAGGCCUGACCACCGCCACACACACUCGCUCCACCAGGGGCCCACCUCCGAGGGAUCACUGUCCCCUGAGAUGAGGGGUCUUGGGCCUGAUCACAUGGACCACCACCACUACCCUAACUCAACCAACCAUGCUGGUCACGCCUACACAUACUCCGGCCCACCCCCGAGUCUCCUGGCUGCUCAGCUGGCUGCCCAGGGACAUGCCACUCUGGACAAGGACUAUAGGGGAGCCACCCUGGGUCGCCCCCACGAUGCUCCACCCCCUCCUCCACCCACUGAGAACAUGAACGGAUCUCUGCCCCCUGUGGACUACAGUAUGAUGGAGGGAUAUGGAAACGGUCCUCCUCCCACUCCUCUCAUGCCAUCAGCACAAUCUGCCUUUGCCACGCCCCCCGGAGGACCACUUCCUCCUCCAGGACCAGUGGGAUCAGCCGGUGGCUAUGCCCCGACCCCACCACCACUCACUGGGUCUCUGGUGGCUCCACCUCCCCCUAUACCUCCGCCCCCUCCUCCAGGCUCCUCCUACUCUACCACUCCCAAGAUGUCCUCCGUGCCCCACAUUGCCCAACCUGUUAAUGAUGCUCGUAGUGAUCUGCUGGCUGCCAUACGCAUGGGUAUCCAGUUGAAAAAGGGACAGGAGCAGCAGGAGCAGCAGGAAAAGAGGGAGCCUGUAGGGAACGAUGUGGCCACCAUCCUGUCCAGACGCAUCGCCGUUGAGUACUCUGACUCCGAGGACGACUCCGAGUUGGAGGAGAACGACUGGUCUGACUAACACACACACUCACACACACACACUCACACACACACUCACACACACACUCACACACACACACUCACACACACACUCACACACACACACUCACACACACACACACUCACUCAAAAGCUGAAAAGCACAUACACGUGCACGUUCACAUCCACAAACUAAGAACCACUAAAAGGUAUGUGUACGAACACAUGAACAUAAGCUAACAUUCACAUAUACAGACUCAUACACUCCCUCGUGUCGUAGGUAUGUUUGUACAGUAUAUAAGCUGGGUGAUCCUUGGUCACAGGUAGCACUGCUGGGAGAUCAGGCUCCUGCAUCAGCUGCUGAAGGAUUCCCAACUGGAACGCUAGGGUUGAAUUCAAGAUGCAUAGUGUCAUGUUCAGCUGCUAUACAGACACUAACUGCAAACCAACGUUCAAUUCAAAACUAUUACAUUAACAUAUAAGAAUUGUCAUGCAACGCUCUGGGCAUCUUGAAUACACCCCAGGAGACCACAGUGUCUCUGUAUAAUAUGUUAUCCAUAAUAACACUAGUAAAGCCCUGUAUGUGUUGGAACCCCACGAAUGGGGACUUAUCUCAUGUAUGGUAACUAUCUUAAGGGCGUCACUUGGAGAAAUAGCAACCUCUCCUUGGACAGAAAAUCUACUUGUCUUUUCUAAUGUUUUUACUCAAACACUUAUUAAUAGUUAAUCUGGGAAGCGACAAGCUUUUAAUGUGUAGAUUAUAGCAACUGGAGGAAGAGAAGUCAGAGUGGACUGCGGUGGUCAGGGUAGCGUUCAGGAGGAACAAAUAGGAGACAAUGUUUUUAAAGCGUUUCCCAACUGUUCCUUCUGAACAACACCUGAGAGUGAGGCUGUAUUCCAUCAACCGCACUAACAAUGUAGACCAGAUAUAUGUUGAGAGUUAGACCAAUGCGGGUUCUCUCUGAACAUCCAUGGAGCGCCACUUUCUCCUCAAUAGCCAUUUCUAAGUGAUAAUUAAAGCUUCCACGUUGUGCUGUUUACUGUUGAUAGUUUUCACAGUGAAAGCAGAUGUGCAAUCUGUUGACUUGAAUACACAUUAUCCCCAAUGCUAAUCAAUAAAAAUAUCUGUUAAAUUCA